ACACAAGAAUAUCACAUCUUACAUAAUAAUAAUCAGCUCUCAGCAGCUCAAUACAUCUUAAAGAAAAAUAUUUUUUUCCUUUGGUGAAUAACAAUGACCAUUUACAUAGAAUACAUUUGUCUCUCAACAGACACACUGCAAUAUAUAUGCCCUGCUGUUCCCACACAUUUAGUUGUGCAUAUAUUUUGGUAAAGUGGUGAACAUGAUGUUCCCGUGUACAACACUUGUUUACCUGGAAUAUUUUCACUGUGUCUGUGUGUACUGCCCCCUGCAGGUCAGUGUGAUGAGUGACCAUCAUUCCAGCUCUCCUGACUGCCCUCAGUGUCCCCAACACAUCCUGACAGAGGCAGAGGCAGCUGUGUCCUACUCCCAGUUCUGUGAAGCAUUUGGCUUUCCCAUGGGGCCCUCGGGGGCCAGGGCCCUGUGGCUGUUCUAUGAGCUAUGGGGCCCCAGUGGGACCUUAGUGCAGAGGGGCCAGGCUAGCAACUGUCUUGCACAAGGUCAACACCCUGAGCCCCUGCUGUUUGACCAUCAGGGCUACUUGUCCUCAGUACUAGAAGUGCGUGAGGAAGUGAGCUACAUCAUACUGUACUGUAACUACACGCCGUGCCAGGAGUGUUCCCAGACCCUGAUCUCCUUCUUGCUGCACUAUCCAUGGGUGCGCCUGGAUCUGCUCUUCUCCCAGCUCUACCACACAGCCCCCAGCCAGACCCACAGUCUGGACAACCAAACAGGCCUCCGCAGCCUGGCUGCCCUCUGGCCUCGACUCACACUCAGCCCCAUCUCUGGAGCUGCUUGGGGGCAUCUGCUAAGGUGUUUUGUUAGAGAUGUCCCACCGUCGGCCCUACAGCUCCCCCUGCUGCCUGAGAGGAUAGAGGCGGACAGGGUUAAUGCAAUUCACAUAUCAGCUAUUACAGGCAUAGGCCCUGCCUUUUUGGACCUCCCACUGAGGACAUACACAGAGCCUGUGGAGAGAACCCACACUCCCCAAGCGCUCACCCUGCUCUCUCCCCCACACCUGAACACAUUCAUGCACAUCUCCACACCCCAACCUAGGGUCUGA